AUGGGCUGGAGCUGUCCCCAGUGCACGUUCCUCAAUGCGGUCGACUCGGCCGCCAGCUGCGGAGCCUGUAGCGCUAUCCGCGUCCUCCAAUGCCCCACGUGCAAGCGCGAGAUCAAGUACGGCAAACGGCUACACGUGAAUGGCCUGACCUAUCAUCCGGACUGUUUCUGCUGCGCGGGCUGCAAGAAGCCGCUCCCGAGUCGCUUCCAAGUGGUAAAGGGCGGCCACUACCAUGCGGAAUGUGCCCCGCCGCCCCGCGUGACGACGAGAACUAUCACUACAACGACCAAACCGCUGAGGAACGACCGCGUGGACCCAGUGCCCCUUGAGAAACGCUUUGGUGCCAGCGUCCACGUUAGUGACGAUCGAGCUGCUGCGCUUGGCACGGGGUGGGCUUGUGAUACUUGCACGUUUUUCAAUACCGAGGACGCAGCGGCGUCCUGUGGAGCUUGCAAUGCGAUCCGCGUGGUACAAUGUCCUGGCUGCAAGGGCGAGAUCAAGUACGGACCUCGCACCAACGUCCAGGGCAAAGCAUACCACCCGGAUUGCUUCCGCUGCGCUGCAUGCCAUCAAAAGUUCUUGACAAACAAGUUCCAAGUCAAGGACGGCGAGUAUUACGACCAUGAGUGCUACAAACAGCUUUUUCAUCCAAGGUGUGAUGUAUGUGCGGACUUUAUUCCGUACCAACCAGGCACGCAGAAAAUUGCGUUCAAGAUAAUGCCUUUCUGGAACCUAAACUAUUGUGCCGAGCACGAUAAUCGUGAUCGCUGCUGCAGCUGCCAACGCGUCGAGCCGAUUGCUCCCGACCGCCAGUUCCACCAGCUCAGUGACAGACGCAAGGUCUGCCAUGAUUGUUGCAAGUACAUUGUGCUCGAUACGAGCGAGGCGCAAGAUGUGGUCAAGGAAGUGUGGGCGUACAUGAGGGCCAUCGGCAUCAACCUUCCUGAGAUCCCGGUCUACCUGGUGGAGUCCUCUGUCUUGAAUGAGCACCGUAACGCUCACGAGAAGGCCACUGUACCGACGCUUGGCAAUAAGCCCGUGAAAUGCCCCGUGACUCGAGGCAUGUGCCUCUCGGAGGUGUCAAAAAUUCAGCACAUGGUUCGAACUGGCAAGCAAGCGGUUCCUAGAGUAGCCUCCAUCGAAACGACUCGCUCAGUGAACGCAAUCCUGAUCCUACACGGUCUUCCGUAUGACCUGACGGCCUCAAUUCUGGCCCACGAAGCUACUCACGCUUACAUCAAGCUCAGCGACAACUUUCCCGAUAGUAUCCCACCCAAGAUCGAAGAAGGGGUUUGCCAAUUGAUGAGCUAUCUGUUCUUGAAGUACAAGCACGUGGUCGAGCGCAAAGACUCCAAGACACGCUCGUACGAGAGUCGACUGCGCAAGUUUUACAUGCAGCAACUCAAGACCGAUUUGUCGGCGAUCUACGGCGACGGCUUUCGCGAAGCCUACAAGGCCUACAAGCGAGUCAACUCGCUGCAACAAAUGUUUGACGCGAUUCGGCACCACGCGUCGUUUCCGUGA